AUGUAUGCGUAUCAAAGCGAGGGUGUUGUGGCGGAGGAAGGUGCAAAUCCGUUUCUCGAGCACCUUCCCUUAGAUACGCCAGUCUACAGUUACAAUCGACAGUGCUCUAUAGAGAGUCUCUUCCCUCCAAGUUCAGUUGAGGAUCGCUUCAUCGUUGUGAAAAAUUUCCCACCAGACGUAUUCUCUCAGCACGAAGAAUUACCGCGGGUUUGCGAUUAUUCGCGAUUAUUUCAGAUUCUCAUCAUCAAAAUGCCCAGUGGACCGCAUGAAGACGCGGCCAACAAUUUUAACUACAUGAUUAUGGCACUCGCUCAAGACAUGAGCGUCCGCAGACAGCUCAGGUCUUGGGGAUCCACCAGAGUCGAUACCCCUGACAGACGAAAAAUGGCAGACAACGGGUGGGGACCAAGAGGGCCACCGAGACGAUUCCCAACGGUGGCCCUCGAAGUUGGCUUUCCGGGGCCAACAGCAAAACUAGAAAAUGAUAUUGCGUGGUGGAUCAACGGGUCAAAUGGUGACGUGAGAAUCGGAAUCACCAUUGACAUCCAAGAUUCGGACUCCAUUGAGAUCAAAUCCUGGACAGCUUUUGAGCCGCCACCCCACUCGAACUACACCACAGCAAGCGGUCGCCGUGUGGUCGACGGAGGCACCAAUGAUCCUCCUCCACCUCGAGUGGCUCAGAGGGUUUUUUUCAAGAGAGGGAGAGAUGGCGCUGGUCCUACAGUUGAAGGAAAGGGUAUAACUCUACCAUUCCGCGAUGUCCUAUUGGACACGCCAGGAGAAGGCGAGGGGGAUUUCGUGUUGACAUCCCAGAAGCUAUUAGAAGAUUUAGCAGAACUUAUUUGGGAUACGAUAGAUCAGGUCGAGAAAAUGCCAUGA